AUGCUGGAGGAACUAGUGAAGUCUAGAAAAGCAGCUUCUAUCAAACAACAGGCAUCUAGUGCCUCUAACACAAACUACCAGCUCAAGGGAACUGAGCACAGACAGGCAUCCAGUACCUCUAGCACAAACUACCAGCUCAAGGGAACUGAGCACAGACAGGCAUCCAGUACCUCUAGCACAAACUACCAGCUCAAGGGAACUGAGCACAGACAAUCAUCUAGUGCUUCUAACACAAAUGAACACCUCAAGGGAACUGAGCACAGACAGGUAUCUAGUGCCUCUAGCACAAACUACCAGCUCAAGGGAACUGAGCACAGACAGGCAUCCAGUACCUCUAGCACAAACUACCAGCUCAAGGGAACUGUGCACAGACAGGUAUCCAGUGCCUCUAACACAAACUACCAGCUCAAGGGAACUGAGCACAGACAGGCAUCCAGUACCUCUAGCACAAACUACCAGCUCAAGGGAACUGAGCACAGACAAUCAUCUAGUGCUUCUAACACAAAUGAACACCUCAAGGGAACUGAGCACAGACAGGUAUCUAGUGCCUCUAGCACAAACUACCAGCUCAAGGGAACUGAGCACAGACAGGCAUCCAGUGCCUCUAGCACAAACUACCAGCUCAAGGGAACUGAGCACAGACAAUCAUCUAGUGCUUCUAACACAAAUGAACACCUCAAGGGAACUGAGCACAGACAGGUAUCUAGUGCCUCUAGCACAAACUACCAGCUCAAGGGAACUGAGCACAGACAGGUAUCUAGUGCCUCCAGCACAAACUACCAGCUCAAGGGAACUGAGCACAGACAGGCAUCCAGUGCCUCUAGCACAAACUACCAGCUCAAGGGAACUGAGCACAGACAAUCAUCUAGUGCUUCUAACACAAAUGAACACCUCAAGGGAACUGAGCACAGACAGGUAUCUAGUGCCUCUAGCACAAACUACCAGCUCAAGGGAACUGAGCACAGACAGGCAUCCAGUGCUUCUAACACAAAUGAACACCUCAAGGGAACUGAGCACAGACAGGCAUCCAGUGCCUCUAGCACAAACUACCAGCUCAAGGGAACUGAGCACAGACAAUCAUCUAGUGCUUCUAACACAAAUGAACACCUCAAGGGAACUGAUGCCUCUAGCACAAACUACCAGCUCAAGGGAACUGAGCACAGACAGGCAUCCAGUACCUCUAACACAAAUUACCAGCUCAAGGGAACUAAGCACAGGAGGCAUCCAGAGCCUGUAACAUAA